AUGCGAGAAACGCGCAAAAUUGAUCAUUCGUUAGUUUUUGUUUCGUCAGUAUGUUUUAAACGUUUUGGCCAUCUCGAAGCAUGUUUUCGGGUGAUGACACUGAUAUUGUUCUGAAGUUCAAAUGGAAUAGUCGUACCUGUCGGAUAUGCUUGCAAUCUGGUCCAUCGAAGGAUCUGUUCGUUUGUGAUCCUGGCAUGCAGAUUAGCUUCGCGGAGAGAGCGAUGCGGUGUACCAGUCUUACCAUAAGCAAGCAUGAUAAUUUGCCCAACAGAAUUUGCCUGCAGUGCAUCGGAGAGCUGGAGGUGGCAGAUCGGUUUCGGAAAAAAUGCUAUAAAUCGAACGAUAUCCUUACGCAUGCCAAGAUUUUGGAUGGCACAGAAGAUAAACUUAUCGAGAAGCAGCCGGCCCCGGUAUCUGUGCCGGUUGCGGAGGAGAUGGAGAAUAUGGAUGAAAUAGUGAUUCAGGUCGAACCCGAUGUCCUGUACUCGUUCAAACCGCCGUCUGGUCUGAACGUGAAGGUAAUCCCAGGCAAAGGUGAAUCUCCUUUGUGCAGCAUUGACCACGAUCCUGUGAUUUCCGACUCGGAUACGGAAGAAGAGGCCUUCAAUGAUCUCAUAUCGUAUAGUUCAUCGGUGAUCGGUGAUAUUAGUAUAGAGUCACUAGAAGACGAAGAGGCGUAUAUAGAUGAAACCGUUUUAGUAUCGGCCACUAACAUGUUGACACCGAAGAAGACGCCAACAAAAACAGCGCACAAUUGUCAGGUGUCGGAUAAUUCGUUUCCUGGAGAAAUUGCAGUAAAUUUAGAUAUGCCAGCUGAAAAAACUGUUCGAACCCUCCGAACUAUUCGUAAAACAAACGCACCGAACGAGCUUAGACCCACGGUGGAAACUGUAAUUACGCAGGCGGCCGCCGAUGGAAAUGGGACGGAAACGGUGAUCCGGGUAAAACGGAAUCUAUCGGGUGCGCCCCGUCACUACGCGUGCAAUAUCUGCAAUGCCACGUUCAAGCAAUGGAACUCGCUUGACACGCACAUGCGGCGCCAUAGGAAUGAUCGACCUCACAAGUGUGAACACUGCGGGAAAGGGUUUGUGGUACCGUUUGAAUUGCAACGCCAUAUGCGCAUCCACACCGGAUAUAAACCGUACAAGUGCCAGUACUGUGAUCGAGCGUAUGCAGAUUUUGGAAGCAAGAAAAAACACGAGCGAACUCAUACGGGCGAACGUCCGUACGAGUGCCCCGUUUGCAGGAAAAAGUUUUCUUAUUCACAUGUCCUCAGUGAUCAUCUACUAAUUCAUACUGGAGAGAAAAAGUUCAGGUGUACAACUUGCGAUAAACGAUUUCCAACAGCGCAACGCCUGAGGAACCACGAAAGGACGCAUCUCACCACACGGACUAGGGAGUCAAAAAAGAACGGUACGAGCAAGCUAACAGAUACGGUUAAGCUUCUCGCGGAUUCGACCGGCUGGACACUAUCGGAUGAAACCCUACCACUAGAUGAUGAGACCGAUUUCAUGAGUGAUUUUGUGUAAAAUUUGUGAUUAGGUUUUUAUUACAUUAUUCGCUUUUCAUUCGA